AUGGGCUUGGGGUCGAGUACCUCAGCAUACAAUUGGAAUCUGGCAGCACCAGUUCUCUCACCAGCCAGUAAUACAUCAGUGGAGGCAUUUCCAACUCUACAUAAAGAGAACUGCCAUAGUCUGGAGUACUUGGUGGACCGGCAAAGGCAGCUUUGUAUGCUGUCUGAUAAAAUGGUGCAGGUGCUUCAAACAGGUGCAACGCAAACAGUCGAAGAAUGCCAACAUCAGUUCAGGCACAGCAGGUGGAAUUGCAGUACCGUUCAGAACUCUACUGACAUUUUUGGAGGGGUACUUAAAUUUAAGUCUCGUGAAGCAGCAUUUGUCCAUUCCUUAUCAUCAGCUGCCCUUGCCCAUGCUGUUGCUAGAGCCUGUAGCCGCGGUGAGCUGAAUGAAUGCUCCUGUGAUUCCAGGGUGAGGAAACGGACUCCGAGACAUUGGCAGUGGGGUGGCUGUUCUGAGGAUAUCAGAUACGGAGAGAUUUUUAGUCGAGAUUUCAUUGACGCGAAGGAAAAUAAGGAAACCGAUGAAGGAUUGAUGAAUUUACACAACAACGAGGCUGGACGGCGGGCGGUCCGUGGUCGUAUGCAACGUGUGUGUAAAUGCCAUGGGAUGUCUGGGUCGUGCUCUGUGCGCGUUUGUUGGCGAAGACUGCCCCAGUUGAGGUUGGUGGGGGACGCUCUCUCCACGCGGUACGAAGGCGCAUCGCAUGUUAAGAUAGUGGAGAGAAAAAAGGGAAAAAACAUAAGGAAACUAAGACCGCUCCACGCAGACAUGAAGAAACCAAAUAAAACUGAUCUUGUGUAUUUAGAAGACUCGCCGGACUACUGUGAACCGAAUGAUGAACUCGGCAUUCUUGGCACCCGUGGCCGGACCUGCAACAGGACUUCAGCCGGACUUGACGGCUGUCGGCUCCUCUGCUGCGGUCGAGGAUAUCAGACACGUGUCAGGGAUCACGAGGAAAAGUGCAGAUGCCGGUUUGUUUGGUGCUGCAGAGUGCACUGCGAGAUUUGCCGGUCGAAGAGAGACCACCACGUUUGUAAUUAG